GCGUGCGGCGCGUGGAUGUUGGAGAUCUUCGAGUCGCGACAGACACGGGGUGAAGAGGACGAACCUCCCAACAAGGUCGAGGAGAAGCCCAAUAUGUUCUGCUGGAAGCGAAAGAGCAACAUGGAAGAGCUGAAGAAAGAGGUGUCCUUGGACGAUCACAAGCUGUCGAUGGACGAGCUGCACCACAAGUACGGGACCAAUCUGCUUCGGGGCCUGACGAACGUGCAAGCCGCGGAGAUCCUGGCUCGAGACGGCCCCAACGCCCUGACCCCUCCCCCGACCACCCCAGAGUGGGUCAAGUUCUGCAAGCAGCUGUUUGGGGGCUUCUCGCUGCUGCUGUGGGUGGGAGCCAUCCUGUGCUUCCUGGCCUACGGCAUCCAGGCCGUCACUGAAGACGAGCCCUCCAACGACAACCUGUACCUGGGGGUGGUGCUGUCGGCCGUGGUGAUCAUCACCGCCUGCUUCUCCUACUACCAGGAAAGCAAGAGCUCCCGUAUCAUGGACUCCUUUAAGAACAUGGUCCCACAGCAAGCGCUGGUGAUCCGCGAGGGCGAGAAGGUGCAGCUGAAUGUGGAGCAGGUGGUGCUGGGAGACCUGGUGGAGAUCAAGAGCGGAGACCGCAUCCCCGCCGACCUGCGCAUUGUGUCGUCCCACAGCUGCAAGGUCGACAACUCCUCGCUGACUGGCGUGUCGGAGCCUCAGAGUCGCUCGCCCAACUUCACGCACGACAACCCGCUGGAGACUCGCAACAUCGCCUUCUUCUCCACGGACUGCGUCGAGGGAACCGCUUGUGGAAUCGUCAUCAACACCGGUGACCGCACGGUCAUGGGCCGUAUCGCCACGCUGGCCUCCGGGCUCGAGGGCGGCCGCACUCCCAUCAACAUCGAGAUCGAGCACUUCAUGCACAUCAUCAUGGGCGUGGCCGUCUUCCUCGGCGUCUCCUUCUUCAUCCUGUCGCUCAUCCUCGGAUACAGCUGGCUGGAGGCCGUCAUCUUCCUCAUCGGCAUCAUCGUGGCCAACGUGCCCGAGGGUCUGCUGGCCACCGUCACCGUCUGCCUGACGCUGACGGCCAAGCGCAUGGCCAAAAAGAACUGCCUGGUGAAGAACCUGGAGGCCGUGGAGACGCUGGGCUCCACCUCCACAAUCUGCUCCGACAAGACGGGCACGCUCACGCAGAACCGCAUGACGGUGGCGCACAUGUGGUUCGACAACCAGAUCCACGAGGCGGACACCACGGAGGACCAGUCCGGCACGGCGUUCGACAGGAGCUCCCCGACGUGGAGCGCCCUGGCGCGCGUGGCGGCGCUGUGCAACCGCGCCGUCUUCCAGGCGGGCCAGGAGAGCAGGGCCGUGCUCAAGCGCAACGUGGUUGGUGACGCGUCCGAGUCGGCGCUACUGCGGUGCGUGGAGCUGUGCGUAGGAAACGUGCGCGACAUGCGCAGCAGAAACCAGAAGGUGGCCGAGAUACCCUUCGACUCCACCAUCAAGUACCAGCUGUCCAUCCACGAGUCGGAUGAACCAAACGACCCACGCUACCUGCUGGUCAUGAAGGGUGCCCCGGAGCGCAUCCUCGACCGCUGCUCCUCCAUCAUCAUCGAGGGUCAGGAGGAAUCUCUGGACGAGGAACUGGAGGAGGCCUUCCAGAACGCCUACCUCGAGCUGGGCGGGCUGGGCGAGCGCGUGCUGGGGCUGUGCCAACUCCGCCUCCCGGUCGACCAGUUCCCCAGGGGGUACGCUUUCGACACAGAGAACAUCAACUUCCCCAUGGAGGACCUGUGCCUGGUUGGCCUCAUGUCCAUGAUCGAUCCUCCUCGUGCCACCGUGCCCGACGCCGUGGGCAAGUGUCGCUCGGCUGGAAUCAAGGUCAUUAUGGCAACAGGAGACCAUCCCAUUACCGCAAAGGCCAUCGCCAAGAGCGUUGGCAUCAUCUCCGAGGGCAACGAAACGGUAGAGGACAUUGCAGCGCGACUCAACAUCCCCGUAAACCAGGUGGACCCAAGAGAUGCGAAGGCGUGCGUGGUGCACGGUUCGGACCUCAAGAACAUGACGGAGACUCAGCUGGACGACAUCCUUAAGAACUACACGGAGAUCGUGUUCGCUCGCACCUCCCCCCAGCAGAAGCUCAUCAUCGUGGAGGGCUGCCAGAGACAGGGUGCGAUUGUGGCUGUGACGGGAGACGGUGUGAACGACUCCCUGGCGCUCAAGAAGGCCGACAUCGGCAUCGCCAUGGGUAUUGUGGGCUCUGAUGUGUCUAAGCAGGCUGCCGACAUGAUCCUGCUCGAUGACAACUUUGCCUCCAUCGUCACCGGCGUGGAAGAGGGACGACUGAUCUUCGACAACCUCAAGAAGUCGAUCGCGUACACCCUGACGAGUAACAUCCCCGAGAUCACGCCCUUCCUCUUCUUCAUCCUGUGCAACAUCCCCCUCCCGCUGGGCACCGUCACAAUCCUGUGCAUCGACCUGGGCACCGACAUGGUGCCCGCCAUCUCCCUGGCGUACGAGGCGGCGGAGAGCGACAUCAUGAAGCGGCAGCCGAGGAAUGUGCGCGUCGACAAACUGGUGAACGAGCGGCUAAUCAGCAUCGCCUACGGGCAGAUCGGCAUGAUCCAGGCCCUGGGAGGAUUCUUCACCUACUUCGUGAUCAUGGCCGAGAACGGGUUCCUGCCGUCCAAACUCAUGGGGCUCCGCAUCGAAUGGAACACGAGGUCACAGAACGAGCUGGAGGACAGCUACGGCCAGGAGUGGACGUACGAGCAGCGCAAGAUCGUGGAGUACACCUGCCACACCUCGUUCUUCGUGAGCAUCGUCGUGGUGCAGUGGGCCGAUCUCAUCAUCUGCAAGACGAGACGCAACUCCGUGUUCCAGCAGGGCAUGAAGAACAAGGUGCUGAUAUUUGGGCUGUUUGAGGAGACCGCCCUGGCCGCCUUCCUCUCCUACUGCCCGGGCAUGGACGUGGCCCUGCGCAUGUACCCGCUCAAGUUGAGCUGGUGGUUCUGCGCCUUCCCCUACAGCAUCCUCAUCUUCGUGUACGACGAGGUGCGCAAACUCAUCAUCCGGCGCAACCCUGGGGGCUGGGUAGAGAAGGAAACCUACUACUAGGAGCCGCUCUCCUUCUGUUGGCUACAAUUGUCAAUUGCCCAGCUGUUCGCGUCGUAAUAAAUGCGGAUUAAUCACAGCAGAACACCUUUAGACGUCUAACCACUUAAACCGCUGUUUGUGGAAUUCAAACGGAAUAUUGCGGACAUGAAAUCAAUUUAUUUAACGAGCUUCGAGGAAUAUUUACUCAACCGGAAUUCCAGUUUUUCAUCUGCCGAUUGGCACAGCCCUCGUCUUCACGAGACAUCGCGGUGGAGCGGAAGCAGAACGACGGCGGAGCCACCCGUGGAUCGCACCCCGCGCUCGUGCGGGGGGACAAGGCAGGAGCUGCACGCGACACCAACCCCCCUUUCCCACUCGCCCGCCCGCCCUAGCGUCGCCUCGUCACUACUCUCGGCGGCGGCCUGGCUGUCAAGAGCGUAGGAGGUGGAACUGUGCCAGCGCCCAUGGGACAAAGGAAGCCUUGGCGCUGGGGUCACAGAGAGGGGGUGGGGCUUGCUGCCCCCCCCCCCUCCCCAUUUGAUUUCUUGUACUCGGGUCCAAUGGCGGCCCCACGACACUCUGACCGCCGUCUCAGCGAUUUUCCGUAAGGCUUUCACCAUUGUGGGGUUUGUUUGUUUGUUUGUGUUUUAAGUUGCAAUCGCACUGGGGCGGUGACGCACUGGGGCUUGUUGCAGAGGGUCACGGUUCGAGUUCGGUGGCUGCCAUGGUUAAUACUGCGGGCUCCGCGCCGUUUAUUUCGCAGUUAAUGAUGCCGUGACGUUAUUCGACGAAGAUUCGGCCACAUAUGCCGGUGACAUUGUCCAUCUUCGAUCAAUUACUCGCAAACUACUUAUUGGAGAAAUAUACAUCGCAACAUCGUCCCUCUACUUGUAGACUCGUGCCCAUUGGCAGGCUGGCACUGCACCCACCUGAUGCCACGCAAGAGAAGUUGAGAGUCCCACAGGCCACACAACCGCAGGGCAACAGGAGAGUUGAGAUGAGACGUGAUGCAAGGCGCUUGCCGAGAGGCAUCUCGGCAAGCGUCACUCUCAAUGUAAAUCCUCAUGGCGUCGCUCCAGCGCCGGAGCGGAGAUGGCGACGAGAAGCCGUGAGAGCGAGCGGUACUUUUAACGCUCGAGGAGGUCAAGAGGUCACAGUAGCGUGAGCUCCACGCUGGGCUCCCUCACGCCGCUCCAUCUACGGUAGGAGGCAUAAAGGAAGGGUGGGGGUGGGGGGUCUCAGCAAAGUGAGCGUGUGUCAAGAGGGGGCAUUGCGGGGGGAGCUGGAGGGCCAUUUCGAUUGGGUCUCAGGUGGCAGUUCAUUUUGCGAAUGAAAUGAGUGGCGAAUAUAUUCCUCGACGAAGCUUUUUUUGUUUUUAUUUUAGUCAACGAUGGAUGGAAAUCAUGGAGCGUGGCUAUGGCUACGGCAACUACCGACUACCACGGCGCGGUUGUGACGAGACGAAAAUAAUGAGUAGAGAGUCGUGUGAAUGGAGGGCCGGGCUAAUAUAAUUUAGUAAUGUUGUUAGAGACGCUGGGGUGAGGGGGUGUAUCACGCACCCCUCACACCCGCGUGUAAUCACUGAGAGUGUUGGUCUAAAUGCGUCACUGUUUUAAUCAGCCAACGAGUUAUGACUCCACGAGAUUCACAGUCUCAGACUCCAUGGGCUCGUGAGAGAAUGGGGGUGUGUGCUCGGGUACUACGGGGAGGGAGAGGUAUCUCG